GAGAACACUUUGUAGAGAGAGAAAAAGUGGCGGUUCCAUCUAGGGUUCCGCCGAUUUGCUCUAUUACAACACCAUAAAGAUUAUUUAAGAUGGUUUUGGUUGAUUUGGUGUUUCACCAUGGUGGUGUGUGGAUAAGAGAUCCAAAACUGCUAUAUUCUAUGAAGAAUGUUCACAAAUGGGAAGGUUAUGAUCCUGAUCUCUUAUCUUAUAUAGAUAUCGUUAAUGAAUACAAAAAUAGUUUAGGGUUUGUGGGUGUUCAACAACUGAUUGUGUCUGUCCCUUCUGGAAAAUAUUAUGAAAUAGAAGGUGAUGAUGGGAUUACGACAUUAUUGUCUUUUGUUAAUGGUGAGUUUGAUGUGAUAAACCUAUUUGCUGUUGAGGAUAAUGAAUUGUCUAUUGAUGUUGAGAACAUAAAGGUUAAUGAUGCAGCUACAGACUGUAGCUCUCAUGGUACUGAUAAUGGUAGUAAUGAUGGGUCUGAUGAAUCUGAUUAUGAUAGUGCACAGAUGGAGGCUUUUGCAAAAGAAAGAAAUAGAACAAUCAAUGAAAAGUUGUCUAAUUAUAAGGACUUACACAAAUUUAUGACAUUCAAAGGUAUAGAUGAAGCUAGGAGAUACAUGAGCUUAUAUGCAUUGUGCCAUGGUUAUAAUUUUACUUUGAAAAAAAGUGAUCCAUUAAGGGUUAGGUAUACCUGUAAAAAAGAAUGCAACUUUGUGUGUCUAAUUUCUGGUGAAAAAAAUGUUGCUGGUGUUAGUGUGAAAACACUAAAAGGAGAACAUAAGUGUGAACCUUCCUUUGAAAACCAUAGUGUUAAGGCAACUACAAUUGCAUACUACUUCAAGGAAAAGGUACAAGGUAACCCCAAAUAUAAGAUUAAAGAUAUGAGAGCUGAUCUUAAAACAGCUUUUAACAUUAAUGCUUCCUUUGGUAAGGCUAAGAGAGCCAAAAGAAUGAUUUUGGAAGAUUUGGAAGGUAGUUUCGUUGAUGAUUAUAAAAAUCUUGUUGGAUAUGUAAAUGCCUUGAAGGAGAGUAAUCCAGGAAGUGAUAUUGUCCUCAAGGUUUCAAAAGCUGCACUUGCUGAAGGCAAACGAAGAUUUUUGAGGAUGUACAUUUGUUUUGAUGCUCUGAAGAAGGGGUUUAGAGCAGGACUGAGACCCUUUAUUGGCUUGGAUGGGACCUUUUUGAAAGGUAAAGCCAAAGGUCAAAUAUUAACUGCUGUUGCUCAAGACUCAAUGAACCACUUUUAUCCCAUUGCUUGGGCUGUUGUGGACAAAGAAACCAAAGCUACUUGGCUGUGGUUCUUGGAAUUGCUUGGGAAGUCUCUAAACCUCAACAAUGGAGAAGGGAUCACAUUAGUCUCAGACAUGCAAAAGGGACUAAUUGAGGCAGUCCAACAAGCUCUACCUGCUGCUUUGCAUAGGUUUUGUGUGAAACACAUAGAAGCUAAUUGGAGAAAGAAAGGGAAGAAAACCAAAGAAAUGACUAAGGUUCUUUGGUGGUGUGCAUGGAGCACCUAUAGAGAGGAGUUGGAUGAUCAUCUGAAGACAUUGGGUGAUUUGUCAGAAGAAGCCAAAGACCACUUGUUGGACUACCCAAUAGAAACUUGGUGUAGGACUUUCUUUGACACAGUUUGCAAGAACCAGAAGGUAGAAAACAACUUGGUUGAAUCAUUCAACUCCUGGAUAUUGGUACCUAGACACAAAGCUAUCAUUGGGAUGCUUGAGGAAAUAAGAAUAAAGGUGAUGGAGAUGGUGAGCAACAAUGAAGAAGAGGUGUUGACUUGGGCUACUGAAUGGAGUCCAGAAUCUAUACAAAUGUACAAUGAAUUUCAGAAGAUUGCUAAUAGGUGUACUUUACAUUUCAAUGGUGAUUAUGGGUUUGAGGUGAGUGAAGGGAAUGACAAGCACAUUGUCAAUUUGUCUAUUAAGAAGUGCACUUGCAGGGUGUGGGACCUCACUGGAAUCCCAUGUCCCCAUGCAAUCAAGGCACUUCAUUACAAGAACCUUGAUCCCUUGAAAGAGAUCCACUGGUGGUACUCAAAAGAAGCAUAUCUCUUGACUUAUCAUCAUAAGUUACAACCAGUUCCAGGACCAAAGUUCUGGAAAAUAGAUCCAGCAGAAGCAAUGGAACCACCACCUUUGGUAAACAUGGCUGGCAGACCUAGAGAGAAAAGAAAAAGAGACAAAGAUGAAGCACUUAAGAGGCAAACUGGGUGGGUUGCCCCAAGGAAAGGAAGAGUUAUGACAUGUUCAACUUGUGGACUUAUUGGACAUAAUUCUAGGGGUUGUGGAAAGUUGGACAAAAUGAAUGGUGAAGGCACUUCUAAGAGUGGCCAGUUGAAGGGUAAGAAGGACAAGCAGCCAAUGAAGAGACCAAGCAAGAACAAACAACCAAUGAAGCGGCCAAGCAAGAACAAGCAACCAAUGAACAUGCAAAUGAGACUAGUCGAUGAAGAAGUUGUGGAUGAAGCACCUCUUAUAUUCCCUGAUAUUGCAACAGUGGAUGACUUGCCCUUGUCAGCUCCACAACCUAGUCAGUCCAUAGUUGAUCCAUCCCCUAGUGAUCAUGAUUUUGAAUAUCCUGGACUUGAACUUGAAGAAGAUCUACCUUUAAGGCCAAGAGGUGUGUCAGAGUUGAAGUCUAGACUCCAACAAAGACAGAAGCAACCCAUACUAACUGGAUCAAGACAAAUCAGCUUCAUUGGUGAUGCUAGAGGUUUAAGUAAACCAAGUGAGUUGUAUGCACCAAAAGGUCUCUCAUCGAAUGGUAAUAUAUAUCUUAUUGGAAGACAGUUAGAGCAGAUGAGAGUGGAGAAAAUUAAGGCAAGAAAGGGUAAUGGGAAGGCACAACAGUGAAGGAGUGAUGUACCAACUGAAACUUGGUGUAUUUUUGUGAAAACUUUAAGACUUUCAUUGAUGUAAUUAGUGUUGUUGAUGGCACAAACUUAGCGAUCAUGGUUCAGUAGUUGAUUGUGGCAAUGGGAUGUCCUUUUAUCACUUUUUGUUGCAUCUUUCUGGGGUUAUAACAUGACAUCCCUCAUGUAAUGAACAAACUUUU